GCUCUGUUUGCUGAGCUCCGAGGGAAUCGGGAGGCCCUGGGAAGGAAACCUCCGCUCAGGUGAUGUCAGUUUGUUCUUGUUAAGGUCCGGGAAAUGCAUUGAAACAUGGGGAGGAAACUGGAUCUGUCAAAACUAACCGAAGAAGAGGCCCAACAUGUCCUGCAGGUUGUCCAGCGAGAUCUUGAUCUACGCAAGAAAGAAGAAGAAAGACUUGGGAGCCUGAAGUGCAAGAUUGAGGAAGAAGGCACCAAAAGAAAAUUGCUGACAAAGCAAGCCAAGUUCAACAAAGGUCACUGCAUUCACUGCCUGGAGCCCUUCAAGCUCCUAGUCAACAGCAAGCGGUGCUGCUUGGACUGCUGCCUCUUCACUUGCAAAAACUGCAGCAAGUUCCACAAGAAGGAGUACGGCUGGGUGUGUGACCCCUGCCGAGUGGCCAGGAUUGUGAAGAUUGGGUCACUCGAAUGGUUCUACAGCCAUGUGAAGUCUCGCUUCAAGCAUUUUGGCAGCACCAAGGUCAUGCGUUCCCUGCACAGGAGACGUCAGCCCGGAGAGAAGCCCUCCCCAGGACACUUCGGCUUGUCUGAUGAACAAGGUGGAUCUUACAGUGCCUAUGAGAAUUACACUCCCGGUGAAUACAAGCAUCAGGCAAUGGCGGGGGUUCUUGAAGUGAAUGAAGACACCUUAGAUGACUCAGAGGCUCAGAGUUAUAGCCUAGUACGGAGGAGCAAGCGACUCCUUUCAGUGCAUCCUGUUGACUUUGACAUAGAGUCUGAGUACUCAACACAGUCUCGCCGCCAGUCAUUCCAACUUCCUUCACCGCUUUAUGACAGGAAUGGUUUACAGGAAUCCUAUUCAGAAUUUUCCUUUACCGGCAGUGGCCCCACGGAUGGAGGCUCCAGGAGAGGAUCACUGUUUGCUGAGGCAGACCUGGCCUCGGUAUUCCGAGACAUCAUCCAGGAGAAAGGACACAGCAUUGCAAUGCCGGAGCAGCAGUUCAGCACUGAAAUCCGAAUGGAAGUCAAUGCCAGGAGGAAGAGCUUGGACAGGACCAAGAGCGAGGAGAUCUUCCAUCGUGAGCACAGGCUUCCCCGCACGCGCUCUGUCCCCAGAGUAUGGAACUUGUCAGGAGACACGGAUCUGCACCGCUUGCUUCCACAGGAGAAACACAGUGCCCAGUACUACGCUGAUAUGGAGAGCUCCGAGGAUGAGCUAGCUCCUGAGUAUCCUGUCUAUCAACGCCAUUUCAUACGGCACAGGAACAGGAGUGGUUCCCAGGAGAACUCAGGCAGUCAGAUUUCAGACCUGACCAAGCGAAUGUCUUCUAUAGAGAAAAUGCUGAGUAGAUUGGAGGAGAUGACUCCUCAUUCUGCAGAGUCACCAAAUCUCAAGGGCAGGCAUACAUCGGUAUCUCCAGUUGGCUCUGAGGCAUCAGGCGUCUUAACAGAUGCAGACAUAGAAGAAGAAAAGCUGAAGAAAAAAUUGGGCGAGUUAGCUAACAACAUCAGUGACAAAGGCCUCUCAUCCGAAGAGGAGAAUGGAAGGAGGAAAAUAGAAAGACAACAAGAAUUGAGUUCCUCCAGUGAAGAAAUCCAGAAUGAUGCAGUAAAGCGCUCCUCCGCAGUGGCUCUUUGCGACAUCACCACGGAAGCUUUAAGGACCAUUAACGUAACCGAGAAAGCGCUGUGUGACCUUGCUGGAGCAGAUGGGCUGCGUUAUGAAGCUUCCUCAAACCGCAGCUCACACCUUAUACUUGGGGAGAAAGGUCCAAGUGCGAGUGAGGCUAAAGAUACUGAUGAAGCAUACAGAAAACUUGAGGAAAAUGUUUAUAUGGCAGCCGGCACAAAUUACAACCUGGAACGACAGCUCCAGGAGCUGGAGGAACGUGCACGAAGCAGAGAAAGCCACACUACGAGUACCACCGACUCUGAGCUCUCGGAACUGGAAGACAAGGUGGCAUCAGCGGCCGCACAGGUUCAGCACACAGAGAGCGAGGUGUCUGACAUUGAAAACCGAAUUGCAGCUCUGAGAGCUGCCGGAGUGAGUGUUUCAUCUGAGGAGAAGCCCAAAAGGAAACAAGAUGGACAGGCAGCAGCAUUGCAGCAGCCCAUUCGAAGAAAGGUCUCAAAUUCAUCUGCAACCAACAAUGAUGCAUUUGAUCGAAAUUCGCAGUACAAAGGAUCGCUGACCCAGCGAAAUCCCAGCAACAAAAGGAGGUUGGACCAUGUUUUUGCGAAACCGGUCAUGUCCAUGCGAACUAUAGAGACAGAGAGAGAGAAGAAGAAGAAACCCGUCUUAUAAAACUCGCCUCCUGAAAUUGGAAAAAAGUUGCAUUUCAGAAAAGCGCUCAGCUUGUUAAAUCAUAUUAAAGA